AUGGGGGCGUCCGCGCGGCUGCUGCGCGCCGCGAUCAUGGGGGCCCCUGGCUCUGGCAAGGGCACCGUGUCGUCGCGCAUCGUGAAGCACUUCGAGCUGAAGCACCUCUCCAGCGGGGACCUGCUCCGGGACAACAUGCUGCGGGGCACAGAAAUUGGUGUGCUAGCCAAGACCUUCAUUGACCAAGGGAAGCUGAUCCCGGAUGAUGUCAUGACGCGGCUGGUCCUCCAUGAGCUGAAGCACCUCACCCAGUGCAGCUGGCUGUUGGAUGGCUUUCCAAGGACGGUUCCCCAGGCAGAAGCCCUGGACAAGGUCUACCAGCUGGACACAGUGAUUAACCUGAAUGUGCCCUUCGAGGUCAUUAAACAGCGCCUCACAGCCCGCUGGAUUCACCCGGCCAGUGGUCGUGUCUACAACAUCGAGUUCAACCCUCCCAAGACUGUGGGCCUGGACGACGUGACUGGGGAGCCGCUUGUCCAGCGCGAGGAUGACAGGCCGGAGACGGUCAUCAAGAGGCUGAAGGCCUAUGAGGCCGAGACGGAGCCGGUCCUCCAGUACUACCAGAGAAAAGGAUUGUUGAAAACGUUCUCCGGCACAGAAACCAACAAGAUCUGGCCCCACGUAUAUGCUUUCCUGCAAACGAAAGUUCCAGAGUCCUCAGGUACCCCAUGA